GAGAGAUCCUCCUUUGGUGCCGAUACGCUCUGUCUGCGACUGUGCCUGAAAGUGUGAUUGUGAGGGUGAGGAAAAAAAGGGGGAGGACGAAGAGGAGGAGGAGUAGCAGGAGCAGAGAUUUCCUCCAGGUUCGGCUCAGUGGGUUUCUGAAGGAGACGCGCGCGCACACACUGGAGUGGAUCAGAGCAUCACCACCAGGGACGCGUGCGCCAUUACGCACGGAGCUGCCGCUGUUCGGGUGUGGAGGACACCGGAUCAACUAAUUCACACACACACACGCACACAGACACUGUGUCUCUCUCACACACACGCACGCGCUCGCUCGUGUUGACGCUGGUGAGGAGCAGCGGGAAGGAGACCUCUGAACUCGGACGACGUUCACACGGUUCCCGACGGGAGAAAGUUGACAGUGAGCGGGGUGAGAGCGGAGGGGCGUCCGGCGGGUCAAGUUUCCACGCAGGGAGGGGGGGUAAAACUGUGGCACUGCCCCGCUCAUGGACCAGCGACCUCCCGCUGUGAACCGCAGAUCAGACUCGGAUAGUUCGCGUCGGCUCGGCGAGUCAUGUGGUGGACACUUCUCCUCUGAGUUCAGGCUGAGACCAACAGAGAGCGGAGCUGUCGAAGAGUCCGGACUCCAGUGAGUCCAGCAGCAUCAUCAUCAUCAUGUCGGUGUCCAGAGAGCAGGAGAGAGGGAGCGAGUGAGGGAGAGACGCGGACCGAAAACCAAAACCAGAGAGAGAGAGUCUAUAGUUCGUAAUGUGUGGGAUUAAAAGUGGACGCGACAUGAUCCUGAUUAAUAUCAUCACUGUGGUGUUUGUGUUAGAUGUGUGUGUGUGUCACAAUGAAAUCAUCGCCCCCAGCUGGCGGGAACCUCUGGACUGUGUCCGAGCUUCAGAAAUGUGCAACCAGAACAGCCAGUGCAGCUCACGUUAUCGGAUCAUGCGCCAGUGCCUGUCUGGCGGGGACAAGGAGCGCAGCACCAUGUUGGCAUCCAAGGAGUGCCAGGGGGCGCUAGAGGUGCUGCAGGAUUCCCCGCUGUAUGACUGCCGCUGCAAGAGGGGAAUGAAGAAGGAGCUGCAGUGUCUGCAGAACUACUGGAGCAUUCACAUGGGCUUGACUGAGGGAGAAGAGUUUUACGAGACGUCUCCGUACGAGCCCAUCCACUUCUCCGAGGAACACCAACCUGCAUCCAUUAUCUCAGACUCGUCCUUGUUGAAGAUGAGCUCCUGCUCUGAAGCAGGAAAACCCUGCAAUCCCUGCCUGGACGCAGCCAAGGCGUGCAACCUCAACGAGACGUGCAAGCGACUGAAAUCAGCCUACACCGCCAUCUGCAGCAAGGCCACGCCCCCACAGCUGUCUCUGCCCAAUCAGGAGCCAUGCAGCAAAAAGCGGUGUCAGAAGGCGCUGCGGCAGUUUUUCGAGCGAGUGCCGUGGGAGCUGAGUUACCCGCUGCUGUUCUGCUCCUGCCCUGACCAGGCAUGCGCUGAGCGACGCCGUCGGACGAUCAUCCCGUCCUGCUCUUACCAGGAGAGGCACAAACCCUCCUGCCUCGAGCUGCGGCAAAUUUGUCGCUCCGACGCCCUCUGCAGGUCCCGACUGGCUGAUUUCCACAUGAACUGCCAAAUGACGCCUCACACCGUCACCAGCUGCCCGCACGACAACUACCACGGCUGCCUCAUGUCCUACGUCGGCCUCAUCGGUUCUGAUGUGACGCCAAACUACAGCGACAGCAGCCCGUCUAACAUCACCAUCAGCCUGUGGUGCAACUGCAGGGGCACAGGCACCCACGAACCGGAGUGCGAAGCGUUCCACCGCGACUUCACACACAACACCUGCCUCAAAAAUGCCAUCCUGUCCUUUGGUUACGGAGCAGAGGGUGGCACUUUGUUCGUGACCGAGCCGCCGCCCACCUUCCUACCCCCCGCCAAGCCGCCCUUCAUUUCCAAACCUGCUCCAUCUCUGCACGGGGACGCAAUGAAACCCAUGGACAACGCUUGUAUGUUUUCCACCUGUGCAAACCUGCAGGACGUAGGCCACAAGUGCGUCUCCUCCGACGAGUACGAGUGCGAGGAGGCUCUGUUGGUCCACAGCUCAUUAGACUCUCAGGACUCGGCACGACCCAAAAGCAGCAGCAGCAGCAGCAGCAGCCAAUCAGCUCCACUUGUUCUCAUCCUGCACAUCUCUGUGACUGUGUGUGUGUCCGUCCUGCCAAUGUUUCUACUCUGUAUCAAGCAAAUCUAAACACACACACACACAAACAUACAUGUACACACACACACACACACACAACAACAACACACAUAUAAAUAUACACAUUUACGGCUUAGCGGGAAAUGCCAUCCAACAGACGUUCAAACGACAGAGACCAGACAAGACAGAGGGACAAAUCCUGGAGGACAUUCAAUUAACCGCCUCACACAGACACACACGCAGAAGGGUGAAGAAGGCGAGGAAUAAUGGGACGGAGGGAUGGACACAGAUAAAUAAGUAGGACGGAGACUAUGACACUCGAGCUUUGGAUCACGGUGACUUUACUCCCAGAGCUCGCCGUGUGGAGGACGCGUGUGGAGGACGCGUGUGAGUCCUUUUGUGCGGCUUCGCUCACACUCUCCAGCUUUGUUGGACCUGAGAAAGCAAGGCUGCAAGGAACAGGGACCCAAACACACACACACGGACACACACAUAUUCAUAUUACAGCGUGAUCCAAGAGCGAGACAGAGAGGACAGGAUUUCUGAUUUUCUGAGGAUGGGACAGAUGUGUCCUCAGUGUCUGCCAGCUCAAUUUAUCACUCUUCUCCACCUCUCCCGUGGCAACAAAUGUGUACUGCAUACAUACAAAGCACAAACACACACCCGCUCACAUAUACACACACACACACACGCCUUCCCCUUAGACCUCGUUAGCGGGCGUACAGGGUCCCCAGAAGGACACAGACGCAGCGGCUGUCCACGGGUGCGUUUCUGCGGCUGUUUAACUCGGUUUCCUUCUUUCACGCUGUACAAACUUCAUUUUAUGUGCAAUAUGAGAAAAAAAAAGAGAUUACACAUGCUGUCAGUGUAUAGUUUCACCUGUGUGUGUGUGAAGGAAUGAGAGAGAGAGAAAGACGGAGAGAGAGAGAGAGAGGAUUUGAAUUCUGGACCAUAUUGUGAAAGUGCAUCACUCACAUUACAGAUCCCGUCCUGAUUAAAACCCUAGAAUCACCGUCUCUGAUGUCAAUGGUCAUUACCUUUUCAGUGGCUGAGUUUUAAAGGAUACGCACGGAUUAUUUUAACGUGACUUUAGAUGAACAUUACAUUUUAAUACCCACACUGGUUACUUUUUUUUUUUUUGUCCCGCAGAAGGUUUUCCAACAUUCUGAUACGCUUGAAUAUUCCAAUGAGACUGUGAUGUCACUAGUGUAGGUCCCAGCCGUUACCUCAUCAAACUACGGGCAUCAGCCAAUCACAGGCUCCUCCCUCACAAACAAGUACCACAGAAAGAAGUUCCACCGAGGGAUCAAACCCAGCAUGUAAGGCAAGUGUGAUAACCGCUACACCAGGGGUGUCAAACUCAUUUUGGUUCACUGGCCGCAUACAACCUUAUUAGAUGUCAAGUGAGCCGGAACAGUACAAUUUAUAACAUAAUUACCCAUAAAUAACAAAAAGUCCAUGUUUUCUUCCCUUUGUUUUCAUGCAAAGAAAUACA